UUGUCCUUUCCAUCAGAGAAGAUACGGUAUCUGGCCGACUCCUCAGACGACAACCACGAGUCAACUCGUGUCAACCCUUUUACACAAACAUUUGCUUUCACUUUUGACCUUUUUUUUUCUCAAAUUCCCAUUGGCAAAUCACCUCACACUUAUAUUUAUAUAUACACACAUACAUAUUCUCAUCUCUCUAAUUAGUUCAUAUCCCCAUUUUCAGAUCAACUCCACAGAAAAAUGGGAUCUUGUGUUAGUGUUGUUGCUUUAGAAAACAGAACCCCUUCUUGUGUGAAUUCGAAUGGUUCGAGCUCCUCUGCCUCUGUCCAUCCAAGUCCAAGAACAGAGGACGAGAUUCUGCAGUCUCCGAAUCUGAAGAGAUUUUGCUUUAAUGAACUGAAAAAGGCGACGGGAAAUUUCCGGCAAGGGAGUAUGGUCGGGGAAGGUGGGUUUGGGAGUGUGUUCAAGGGCUGGAUCGACCAGCAAUCGUUCACCGCCACCAAGCCCGGCUCUGGCAUCGCUAUUGCUGUCAAAAGACACAAUCAAGAUGGCUUCCAAGGCCACAAUGAAUGGUUGACGGAAAUAAACUAUUUGGGGCAGUUGCAUCAUCCUAAUUUGGUGAAACUGAUCGGUUAUUGCUUGGAGAAUGAGGAUCAACUUCUUGCUUAUGAGUUCAUGUCAAGAGGCAGCUUGGACAAUCACCUUUUUGGAAGAGGAUCUGGGUCUCAACCACUUUCAUGGAAGUUGCGAAUGAAAAUUGCUCUGGAUGCAGCUAAGGGAUUGGCGUAUUUGCAUGGCCAAAAAGUCAUCCAUCGUGAUUUCAAAUCCUCAAACAUCCUGCUUGAUGCGAAUUACGAUGCCAAAAUCUCAGACUUUGGACUGGCUAAGGACGGGCCAGUGGGCAAUCAAAGCCAUGUUUCCACAAGAUGUAUGGGUACUUAUGGCUAUGCAGCUCCCGAAUACAUGGCCACAGGUCAUUUGACACCGAAGAGCGACGUGUACAGUUUCGGAGCGGUUUUACUCGAGAUAUUAUGUGGAAGACGAGCAUUGGAUACAACAAAGCCUCCAAGAGAACAAAAUUUGGUAGAAUGGGCAAAGCCUAAUAUUAGCAACAGAAGAAUCAUGAGGAUAAUGGACAGUAGAAUUGCGGGAGAUCAGUGUGGUGUAAAGAAGGCAAUCACAACAGCUAAACUUGCUUUUAAAUGUCUCUCAGAAGACCCUAAACACAGACCUUCAAUGUAUCAAGUAGUGACAGAUUUGGAGCAACUUCAAGAUUUUGAAUCUCAUUUAAUUUAAGGACUCAUUAAUUAAUUUUAGUUACUUGUGCAUGAUGAUCAUUUAAAUGCAGGAUCAAUAUCAUCAUUAAUUCUCUGCAUUUUGAUUUUUUUUUUCUUUUUAUGUUUAAUUUAAUGAUCAUUUCUAUUUUGGUUCAA